UGUUGUGAUUCAACUGUCAAUGAUUUUUAUUUUAUUCGUAUUUUUUUUUCUUGAUUUGAGAACACUAGCGAAUUUAGAUUGAUAACGCUAAAACUGACCCAAUUGCCUUUGGUAAAACAAGCUUUUAAGGUUUGAUCGUUGGCACCAGACCGAGAGCUAGCUAGUAUGUGCCUGUCUGCCAUUCGACAUUGUUAGCCAACUGUAUCUUUUAAUCCCAUUAGUAUCUGCUCAUAAUAUACCCUAAUUAAAUAUUGAACGUGUUAUCAAUGUGUCCGUGACUAACCCGUGUUGUAAAUGGUGCUCUUGUUGUGUUUACCAGUCACCUAUGGACAUUGUGAUGAUGAAUGGACAUUUGUGUAAUGAACUACACUGCUUAGUUAAAUAUUAAAGCAACCCCCAUAUAGCAAGCAUAGCGUCUCUCUUCUUCUUUUUUGUUUUUGCAAACUUGCCCUCUUGGUGAAGGAAGUAGUAUAUGGGAUGACGUUAGAAUGUUUUUAUUCAGAUUUGAAAACCUUUAUUUAACUAAAAAAAUAAACACCCAUUGAGACCAAGGUCUUUUUUCAAGGGUGAUCUGGAUACGAAGGCGGAGCACAAUUCAAGUCAUAACAAUAUACUGUACAUAAAAGAACAUAGUUCUGUGUAAAAAAAAAAAAGUAUACAUAAAAGAACACAGUACAAUUACAAACAGAAGACUGGACUACUGUCCAUAGACUACCAUUCUCCCAGAAUGGAGACCAGUAAAUUAUACUGACUAAAUGUACAAAAUGCAAGCACAACAAAACAACAGCAGUCUAGCAUAUCACAACACAAUAGGGGGAAAAAGGACAAAGGCAAUGGGCAAAAAAAAGUGCAUCUGAGCAGGAACAACUAUCAAGAAAUUCAGCACUUUUUAGUCUAAAACUAUGCAACAGAUUAAUGAGGCCAGUUUGAGUCGACUCUGGAGGUCAGUCCAGGAGCAAGGGCCAAGGUAAAUAUGAUUUGGCAAUUCCAAUAAACCCUGUCUUUUUAAAUUUAAAUAUUCAAAUUUGUUUUAUGUGGAACGUAUCCUCAGCUAUUUGCUGUAAAACUCACUUCGUCGUGGUUUUUGUGAUCUUUCUGUACUGCCCUAAGAUGAAAAAAGGCUAUAUAAGAAAGUAGUAAUUGUGUGAAGGAAGUAUGUUGAAGUGAUACAAAGAGACUAAGGCCCACCAAACACCAGGCGAUUGAUCUUCGCACACACAGCCAACUUGCUGCAAUGGAGAAACUGCCACCCCUGGUGUGAUCAAUUUCGGCAUUCCGGCAACAGAAACGUGAGGGUCCAGGUACAGGUAAAUUUUUAGAAGAUGGAGAGCUCAAGCAGCAGCAAGCCGGUCAUGGUGACGUCCUCCCUCAACUUCAAAGUCACCACGCCGUCCUUUUACAACCAGCCAAAGAAGUUCGCCUCUGUGGCCCCACCGCAGCCCAAGAGCACGACUCCGCCCUCCGCGCCGUCACCAACGCCAAUGCCUGUGGGCACAGGCGUGAUCGGACGUGUUGGAGAUCUUCCCCCACCGCCCCCCUCGCUCUGUGAUGAUUUCCCACCCCCUCCUCCACCUCCUCCAAUGGAUGAUGACUUGCCGGCCCCUCCCCCUGAAUGCCAGAUCACACCGCUGGCCUCAGAAGCCCCCCCGCCGGCCUUCCCGGCUCCCCCACCCGUAGCAGAUGACCUUCCCUUACCUGCCGCCCCUGAGGAGAGUGCCCGUUUGACGAGCUUCCCCACACCCCCUCCUCCUCCCCCACCACCUCCACCCGCCGCCACUGCUACCAGUUUUCCCAGCGGUGUUGGGCACAUUCAGAGGGCUGUGACCAAGCAAACAAGCUUGGAUAAGCAAAUCGACUCUCUGACAGACUUGCUUUCCGAAAUGGAGACGCGGGGGCCCUUCAACCCUAAGUUGCCAAACCAGUAUUCUGCAGCACCAUCCCCCAAACCAGCCGGUCCUCCACCAACAGCCCCCAAGCCAGCCCUCUCUUUUCUCCCUCCUCCCGAGAUGGGAGACCGCCCACCUCCUGCGCCCUGGGCAGAGGAGCUCAAAGCUCGGACGAACCGACAGGCCAACCACGACUCGCCACCACCACCAGUAGCCAAGUCCCCAUUUGGAGCAAGAAUAACCACUUCGUCUUCCUCGCUGGCGAAAAAACUCAACCAGAACCUGAACCAGGCUCCCUAUUCAGGCAGUGGUCCGCAGAAAACUCCCCCCCCGUCUGGCACCAGCACUUUCUCCCCAGUUCCAGACUCUCCGCCUGCACCUGCAGCACCGCCUGAAAGUGUGGCCCCCAAUCACAUGAAGAGUCCUCAGUUUGUCGGUCAGAACCGAAACCCGCCCGCUGCCGUGCCUCCUCCCCAACCUAAGACCAUGGCGUCCCCUUCACCCUGCUCCUUGAAUCAACCAAUGAAAUCCCCCCCUGCAUCCACGCCAUCACCCCCUGGUCCAGUGUUAACCUCAGGAGGAGGCGCACCGCUCAACAUGAGGGAAGUGGAGGAACUUGAGAGAAUGACCAAGGACUUCAUUAAAAAAAUGGACGCUCACCCACCUGUUGGCCCUGCCCCACCAACUGACGUAUGCGGCAAGUGUGGCGAGGCACUGUCCCGCACUCAGCCGGCCGUGCGGGCCAUGGAGAAACUUUUCCACUCCAACUGCUUCUGUUGCAUUACAUGCCAUCACCCCCUGCAGGGCAUGCAAUUCUACGAUAGGGAUGGCUCUCCUGAGUGUGAGGACUGCUACAUGAAUUCUCUGGCGAUGUGUUCCCGAUGCGGGGAGAGAAUCACGGAUCGUGUGCUGAAGGCGGUCGGUCAGUGUUUCCAUUCCCACUGUUUCCGCUGCAGCACCUGCUCUUGCAUACUGGAGGGGGCGCCCUUCAUCACCGACGACAACAAUAACCCCUACUGUGUCCAGGAUUACCACAGGCGUUUCUCGCCGCUGUGUGUCAGCUGCAACGAGCCCAUUAUUCCAGCACCAGGCAGCGAGGAGACGGUUAGAGUUGUGGCUCUCGACAAGAACUUCCACCUUAAGUGUUACCGCUGCGAAGACUGUGCUCGCCCUCUCUCCAUAGAAGCGGACGAGAACGGCUGCUAUCCGCUGGAUGGUCGUAUCCUGUGUAUGAAGUGCCACGCCAAGCGAGCCAAGUAGACAGCGCAGUGAACCUUCUCCCCACCCCCCCCCCCCGCCCCACUUCCGGUUAAAUCUGAACCAAAUCCAAAAGCACAGGUUCCAUUCAGCUUUCGGCCUUCGCGAUAGAGGGCUUAGAACAGUGUUUAGUGUGAAUGUCUUAUGUGAAAAAGGGUGCGUUUUGCAUGGUGUGCUGCGUCCUCUCGUCUUCGUUCGUUCCACUUUAGUGCAGAGGUAAUGUACUGCACCGCCACAGAGCUCUUCCUGUAGAGUAGACUAAGCCUUUUCGAUGUCGUAUGUUGAUGCUAAAAACGCAUCUAUCUUGCACAGACCGCUUGGAUCAUAGAGGAGUCCAGUAGCACCAGGGAGCAGGAUGCUACCAAUUCAGAACACUCAAUCUGCUGCUCUCAUGGCCUAUAAGGAUCGCAUACAGUAGAUUCUCUCAGCGGGACCCCUGUGUUUGUUCAUUGCCACUUUCGUUUGGCUGCUGGUUGAGGAGAUUUUAAAACACGUAAGCAGUCGGCAUGCCAGCAUGUAAUAUCCUGCUCGGUAACACUUACGGUAAUUGAAACUAGUCAAGAGCCGAGUUAAGUAUUAAACACAUUCUGUAUGGUUCGACAAGCUGCGAACAAAGAGCCACGCAAAGCUUUACCAGCACAGAUUCCAUUAUGGGGAUCUCAUCAUGUAGCUAACAGUGUCACCAACAAACAGGACCCACUGUGGGAUUUUUUCCUGAAAGAUCUUUGGUGCCACUUUGACUCUAAAGCCCAAGCACACAAUGGUAGGCAUUGUCUUUCUGUUGCAUCACAUUAGAACCUAUUUGUUUCACCUAAUAUUAUAAUAUAUGGACCUUUUUAAAAUUCCUACCUAAGUGUGCUGUUCUAUCAUUAGAAAUUACCUUAAAGACUUUUAGGUAACAUAUUUGAAGCAUAGUGACCAAAUAUUUAGAAGCUGUAUAACGGAAGUGCUUGGAACAUUUUUUUUUUUUUUUUCUUUUACUCAUUUUUGAGCCCUGUCCUUUGACCAUGAUCUCCUCUUGAGUUUAAAGUAAACACUUCCAUUACCUUCCAUUAUUCAACUUUUCUACUUCUGUAUUCUUUUAUUGUACUGUAUUGUUUACGUCUUCAUUCCUAUCGUUCACUAUUGCAUUCCGGCGGUCCCUUACAAUGGAAGCUGGUUUACAUCCAUAGAAAUUUAUUCCUCACCGAGUCCGGUGCAAGAAAACAUGACAGUAGUGACUCACCAUUGCAUGCUCGCUGUGUACUGUGGGUGCUGGCUUUCAUCAAGUAUUAUACGGUCUUCUGCACCAACAGCUUUAAAUGCCUUUGCGUGCUCAAAUACUUAAGACGAUGCCUGCAUACAUCCGAUGUGACGUUGCCUUGUCCUUUUUGUAUAACUUUUUUAUAUAAACAAACUGUUUAUGUGUGUAUGUAUAUGUUUAAAAAAAAAAAAUAUCUAGCCCCAUUCAAAGAAAAAAAUAAAUCAAUAAAAUGUUAUUGGAUGUCUUUGAUUGAUUUCCUAAACUGUACUGGCCAUUUCAUUAGGUACACAGGAACAAUUGUCUGUCAUGUGACAGCUACAAAAUGUGUUUCCUGCCCUCCUCGACGAUGAAAAUGCAGCACGCUGUUUGUGGACCCUCAGGACCCCACUCGUCUAUCAGUCGCCACCAGUCAUGAGUUGCACUGAUAAUGACGACAGCAUGUGUGUAUAUGGGAAUGUUUACCUUUUAUAAUUUGUUUACACUUAUCCAUUGCAGUUCAAUUAUAAUUAAAAACCAAUGAUUGGCCUGUAUUUAUC